AUGAAUCUGACGGAUCCAGGAGUCAAUGGUACAGGAUUGGUGUUAAAUGUGACGAAACUUCCCAAAGGAGAGGCUGAGAAGUUCCGGAGGAGCUUGGAGCAGAGGGAGUAUUCCAGUUAUACCAGCAGUCUCAUACCUCUCCAGAGAUCUCUGCCUGAUAUCCGUCUUAAAGGAUGUCACUCGCUCAAAGUGCAGCUACUGCGAGCUAAGUCCAGGCAGGGUUUGAUAAGAGCACGAAUGAUGGGUUUUGAACAGACUACUGCUCCUGUAGCAGUGUUCAUGGACGCACAUUGUGAAUGUUUUCCUGGAUGGCUGGAACCAUUGGUGACAAGGAUCGCCGAAAAUCAGAGUAUAAUAACUACCCCUAACCUUCACUGGUUAGAUUCUGAAAGCUUCAAAAUCCACAAAUGGGGACUUUCUUCACCUGGUCCUCCAUGUCAGAAGUGGAAGAAGAGAAAACGGGAGACUGACCCAGUUCGGUCUCCAGCCAUGGUUGGAUGUGUCAUUGCCGUCAGCAGGAGUUGGUUCAAGAAACUUGGUAUGUUUGAUCCUGGUUUGGAAAUCUGGGGCGGGGAGAAUACCGAGUUCCUGAAGACGUGGCUAUGUGGAGGUGGACUGGAGAUCAUUCCCUGUUCCAAUGUAGCGCACAUGUACCAUCGUCAUCGAUCAUCAGAAGAAAGUGACAUCAGGUACAAAAGAAACAUCGCUCGUGUGUCCAACGUGUGGUUGGACAAGUACAAACAUUACACUGACAAUUACGACGGUAGCAUUGCGGAUUAUGGUGACAUUUCGGAUAGGAUAGGUCUAAGAGAUUCACUGAAAUGUCAUCCAUUUGAGUUUUAUUUGACACAUGUUUAUCCAGAUCAAUUCAUCCCAGGGAACGGUAUUUACACAGGGCCAGUACGAAAUGUAGAGGUUUCUUUCCACUGUCUCGACUCAGGAGGCGGAAAGAAUGGGGAUUCAGUCAAUGUUUUGUUGUACUCUUGUCAUGGGCAAGGGAAUCAACUAUGGGAUUUUACAGAGCAUCAUGAGAUUAGAGCUGGAGGACAAUGUUUAGAUUCAGGAUAUGGAGAUAACGUUGUGAUGCGGAACUGUCACGGUCAGAGAGGGAACCAGGAGUGGGAAGUGGUCAGUCUGGAGGGUCACGUGCUGCUCCGGUCUCACGGAAAUUGUGUUGGUGUUACCAAAGAUAAAUCUGCUCUUGUCUUGGAGAAAUGCCACAGUUCUUCACUACAGCAGUGGACUUGAAAGCAAAACAGGAAACCUAAGAUUUCAUGACCAUAUUUUCCUAUCACUUUUGACAAUGAUGUAUCUCAGAGGGCAGAAAAGCAGAGGCAAGUACAGGUUUUUUAUCAUGCUUAGCAUUAUUUCCCCAGUGUAUCUCUACCUAGCGAGUUGAUUUCGCUUGCGCACAUUGGAUUGGUGUGUACAUUCGUUCCAGUAAUAAAGGUUGCUUUUACUUUGCUUUCA